AUGGAUAAAAACUGUAUUAUAAAUCGAAACCCUAUCGUCAUUGAAUGUAGAAGAGGACCAAAAGUGACACAACCGCAAAUUAAAAAUUGUGUAUUGCAAAGAGUACCAAACAGAAAUCACGAUGAAAAAGAUUUAGCGAAGUCACCUCGCGUCAUUCAUUGCAAAAACGCAGCAGAAUCACCAGGCUCAAAGCGCUCAUUUAGUAGGAAAGCAAGGAUAACACCAGCAAUUUACGAAGAAAAUCCUUUGGCUCUCGAAAGAGUACGCCGUGCUUGUACUUCGAGCGCAGUGAGGACAGAGUACUACAACGACAUUUCAUGUUCAUUUAAGUCACUUCACAUUACAACUUCAGAAGGAGCCAAUUGUCGAAACACAAAAUCAGUACCUCAACUUACAACUCAACAUCGUUGCAUUGCUCCCAUCAAUUCAUUUGCAGGGGAAAGGAAGGAAACAGGCUACAAGAAAGAUCACUUAAAAUACCUGUAUAAAAGGCCAAUGAGGUCUCUCAGUGACACGAUGGUUGUAAACAAGAGGAUUCAUUCUAAUGCAGAAUACUUCAUUGACGAUUCUGGAGAUACUAGUGAAUCCGAUGAAGAUGUUGCCGAGGAGGAGAGUGAGAAAAUGAUGGAUUGCGAUGUUUAUGACCUUGCAAGAAAUUUAGUGUGCCAGAUGACAGGAAGAAAACCGAACAAAGAAGAUGAAGUGGAUGGUAUUCCCAAGGUAAUCACCUGA